AUGUUCCCCGUUAAUAAGGCAACCAUCACACGCUAUGACUAUGAAGAUGCCACAUUUCUAAGACUACUAAAGCUAAUGAGGGAAAACGUCCAGCUUUCAGCAACUCCUGUUUUGUUGAUAUAUAAUGUAUUUCCCAUGCUGGGGUUCCUUUUGGGUUCUCAUAAAACAGUAAUGAAUAACAGAAAGGAGUUGCAUGAUUUCAUACAGAUCACCUUCAUAGAACGUCUCAAAGAUCUUGAUGAAAAUGACAGGAGGAGUUUUAUUGAUUCAUUUCUUGUUCGGCAAAGAGAGGAGAAUAUGAAGAUGACAAAUGGCAAAUAUUUCCAUAAUGAAAACCUUAAAGCUCUUAUAAGUGACCUAUUUGGUGCUGGUACAGAAACAUCUGCAAACAGUCUGCUCUGGGCCAUCCUCCUAAUGAUGAAGCACCCAGAAAUUCAGAGGAAGGUCCAAGAAGAAAUUGCAAAGGUGAUUGGAGAUCUACAGCCAAGGACAGACCACCGGGCCAGAAUGCCUUACACCGAUGCGGUGAUUCAUGAAGUUCAAAGGUUUGCUGACAUUGUUCCAACCAAUGUGCCACAUGCAACCACCAGGGAUAUAACUUUCAAAGGCUUCUUCAUUCCCAGGGGCAUGCACAUUGCUCCAUUGCUGACAUCUGUGCUCCAUGAUGAAUCUCAGUGGGAGAACCCUCAUGAAUUCUACCCUGAGCAUUUUCUUGACUCUGAGGGAAAAUUUGCAAAAAACGCUGCAUUCCUGCCUUUCUCUGCAGGUCGGAGAGCAUGUGCAGGUGAGAACCUUGCCAAAAUGGAGCUCUUCCUCUCUUUUACCAGCCUCCUGCAGAAAUUUACCUUCCAGCCACCCCCAGGAACAUCUAAAGAUGAUCUGAACCUGACCCCUGCAGUUGGGUUUACAGCCCCUCCCAUGCUGUACAAAACCUGUGCUGUUUUACGUUGAUCCAACAGAAAAAAAUAUGAAAAGCUGUUUUCUCAGCCUUUGAAAUGGCUUUAUUUUGACACAUUGGCAAAAUCUGACAACAUGAUGCCAGAUUGUCUAAGUUUAAGAUCUUGUUGAGGAGCUGAAUUGUAAUGAUCUAUAGAUACAUAAAAUGUAGAUGCUGAUAGGGAAGAAUAGUCUGGAAAUGAUUAAAAGCAAAAAGCUUUGUAUUGUUUUUACUGACUUUUUCUUUUGGGGCCCUUGUUUCCUUUGCCUUUUACUAUUUUUCCUCCUCUUUGACUUUCUGUUUCUGUUUAGUAUUUUUGGUCUGUUUUGCUUUACCUAAAAAGAGUAAUUUUAAGUA